AGGGUCGGCAGGCGCCAUGUCCAGCCAUGAAGGUGGCAAAAAGAAGCCCCUGAAGCAGCCCAAAAAACAGGCCAUGGAAAUGGACGAGGAAGACAAGGCAUUCAAGCAGAAAGAGAAGGAGGAGCAGAAGAAACUCGAGGAACUAAAAGCCAAGGCCACGGGGAAGGGCCCCCUGGCCACUGGUGGAAUUAAGAAAUCUGGCAAAAAGUAAGCUGUUCCUUGUGCUGGAGAUAAUGGUGAUCUUUAAUUUCUAUUACUGGCUAAACAUCUGGAUUUCCUGCAUAACCUCUGUUGCCAGGAGUACCUAGAAUGAAGUGUUUUGGAAUCUGUUGUACACUUAAGAAUAAAUUUCUGUAAAAAAAAUAAAAAAGAAAGAAGAAAAAGAAUUCAUAA